AUGUGAUCUUCUAAAAUGUGCUUUUUCUGUUCUGCAGCAUGGGUGAGCUCGCUCUCUAUGGGAAUGGUCUUCUUCUGUUCUCCAAUAGUCAGCAUAUUCACAGACCUGUUUGGUUGUCGAAAAGUUGCUGUUAUUGGAGCUGCAUUAGGUUUUGUUGGACUCCUGUCAAGUUCUUUUGUAAGCACCAUUGAACCUCUGUAUUUCACCUAUGGAGUAUUAUUUGCCUGUGGCUGCUCAUUUGCUUACCAGCCGUCUUUGGUCAUUCUUGGGCACUACUUCAAGAAACGCCUUGGACUAGUAAAUGGCAUCGUUACUGCAGGCAGCAGCUUGUUCACUGUGUCUCUGCCCUUCCUCUUGAGAGUUCUGAUUGAUUCUGUUGGCCUGUUCAACACAUUACGGGUCCUGUGCAUCCUCAUGUUUAUUUUGUUUUUGGCUGGCUUUACGUACAAACCUCUUGUUUCCAACACCAAAGACGAGGGAGAAAAGAAGAGCAAGUUCAGAUUUCCUCCUGAAAAAAAGAUUUUCAAUUUCUCCGUUUUCAAAGUCAUGAGUUAUCGAAUCUGGGCUUUGGGGAUUCCUGCUGCACUUUUUGGAUACUUUGUGCCUUAUGUUCACUUGGUAAGUGCACUUUUUCUUUUUCUUCAUAUGACGUGAUUGAAACCACAGUCAUUCCCUUCUGUAUAAUGGACUAAGAAAGCAAUCACUGAUAGAAAGCAGUAUUUAAGUCAAAGUAGUUUUGGGGAGUGUUAUGUUUUGCUUACUGCCCACUUUCCCAGUGUGAUGGAGAGAAUUGGAGGAAAAAAAAAAAA